AUGCAGUUUUAUCAAAAAUUAAAUAAUAUUCCUUACUUUAUUAAAAAUAAAUUAAAUUAUGAAUUAGAUAAUAAUAAUUAUUUCUUAAUACUGAAAAAAUAUUCAAAUUGUUCUAAAUCAUUAGAAUUAAAAAAUGUAAAAAUAAUAGUUGAAAAAAAUAGUAACAAGAAAAAUGAUGUAUAUCAUAUAAUAAAAAAUAAUAACUUGGAAAAUGAUUAUGAACAAAUAAAAUAUAAUAAUUUGCCUGUAAGUAAAGAAAAAAGUAAAAUUGAAUUGAUAUUAAAUACAAUUAAGUCAAAUAAACUGGAUAAUGUUGUAAACGAAAUUUUGUCAAUAAUCAAUGAAAAUCCUAAAAACAGAGAUAUAUAUAUAAACAAAAAUUUGAUGUUAUCAUUUUAUAAUAUUUUAAUAAAAAAAAAAUAUUAUUUAAAUAAUUUAAAAAAUGGUAUUUAUGACAAUUGUUCAAUAAAUAUUUUUGAUUAUAUUCAUUAUAAUGUUAAUUUGAAUUUGAGAAAUUACAAUUUAAAAAAUAUUUAUGAAGUAUUAAAUAAUUUAUCUAAAUAUAUUCACAAAAAUAAAUCUAAUGAUGUCUCAAAUGAACUAGUUAAAAAUAUAUUUUAUUUUUCCUUUUUCAGUAAUUUUAAUAAAUUUUACCCCAAAAAAAAUUAUAACAAAUUAAAUAAUAAAACAAAUAUAAAUAAAAAAAAUUUAGAUAACGAAAUAAUUGAGAAAAAGGAUAUUAACAAGGAAUAUAAUUUAUAUAAAUGUAAUUUACAUAAAUUAAAAAAUUAUGAUCAAAGUAAUUUAGAAAACCAAAAUAAUAUAAAAGGCAAAGAUUGUUUGAUCAAAGAAAAUAUAUCAACUGAUGAAGCUUCUUUUAUGAAAGAAGUCAACAAGAAUGCUUUAAGUAAUAAUGAAAUUAAAAAAUUAUCUAAUAAAAAUUAUAAAUAUAAAGAUUUCGAUGAAGAAACGUUUGCUUACUUAAAUAGCUUUAUUAUAUUUUUAUCUAACCAUCCAUCUUUUAUUAAUGAAAAAAUUUUGUAUAAUAUUUCUCUAUUAGGAAGUAAAAUAAUUGAAUUCAACAUAAAUUUCAGAUUAUCUUUAUCUUAUUUGUCAGCAAGUUUAAGUAUAUUUGAUAAGCAAAAAACAAAUAAGCGUAAUUUAUUUAUAUAUAAAAAAACAAAUUACGAUAUAUUAUACAACAUUUUAAAAGAGUGCAAUAAAAUAUUUAAUAAAAAAAGUAAUGAAUUGAAGAAUAGCUAUGAUCAAUCAAAAAAAGAAAACAGUGAAUAUGAUGAUAGCAAUAAAGAAAAUUUAAAUGUUUCGAAAAAACAAUUUAAAAAAUGUAAUACAGAAAAUCAUAUAAACAUAUGGAAUUAUUCGCAUAUAAUUAAUGUUAUAAAAAUUAUAAAAAUUCAAAAUUUUUUAUCAAGAAAUUAUGAAGAUGGAGAAAAAUGUUUAGAACAGUUUUUCAAUCAAUUGAUCAGUUAUAUUUCGAUUUAUCAGAAUGAUUCUAUAAUUAUAUCGCAAAAUGAAUUGAAUAAUUUUUUUUCCAUUUAUGUAAAUAUGUCCAUUUUAUUAAGUGAAUUAAGAAAUUAUAAAAAUAUAUUUCUUAAUAUUACCAAUUUUUUAAAUAACUCAUAUAAUUGUAUAUAUGUUCAGUACUAUAAUCUUCAUAUAAAUAUGAUGAUUAAUUUAUUAAAAGGUUUAUAUUAUCAAUUAUUAAUCUGUUCAAGCUUAAAUUCUUAUAAGAUAUAUUUUAAACAAAUUGAAAAGAAAAUUUUAUAUGAAAAAAAAAAAAAUUUGGAAAUAUUGAAUAUAAAGCAAAAACAAAUAAUUAACUUAAUUAUAUUAAUACAAAGUGUAUCGAAUUGUAUAUUACAUCCAUAUAGAGAAAAAAAUGAUUUGAAAUUAGGAAAAUUAAUUACAGUUGUGCAUUAUUUACAUAAAACAAAUAAAAUAUUUAUUUCUUUUAAUAUAAAUGAUAUAUUUAGAAUAUCUAUUUUAAAUUAUUUAAUAAAAAGUGAAAAUAUGACUUAUGAUAAGAAAUAUUAUGAGAAUUUAUCAAAUCAUCAUAUUUUAUUAUUACUUAACAUAUAUUUAUAUUAUAAAGGGCUAAAUAUGCCUUUUUUAAAUAAUUGUUUUAAUUAUUUAAAUACAAAUGAUUCUAAUUUAUUUAAAAAUGAAACAGAAAUUAUAAUGUUUAUUAAUUUUUUAAUAAAAUUUAAUGAAAUAAAGAAAAGCUUAAAGACAAAAUGUCAAGAAAGUAUUUAUAAUAAAAAUAAUGUCUUUAAUAAAAAGAAUAAUAGCAAUGAUAUUACAGCAGUACCAAAUAAUGAAAAAAAUAAUAUUAUUGAACACACUUUUUUGUCCACUAAACAUAAUGUUAAGGAUAAUAAAAAUAUAAGUUUUAAUAAUAUAGAUAUAAGCAUAAAAAAUGCUAUAGAUAAGAUAAUGAAUAUUUUAUUUCACCUUAAUAAAAGUAAAUUUUCAGAAUUUUCAUUGAUUCAGCAUAACUCUUUUUUAUGUAAAAAAAACUCUGACAUAAAUUUUGAGAAGUUUUUAUUAAGAAAUAAUAACAAUAAAAGUAGCAUUAUAAAUAAUCCUAAUUUUUUAACACAGUACUCUUUGAACACCUUUUUUAGGGUUUAUGAAAAUAUCUAUUCUUUUUAUGAAAAUAAUAAUUAUAUAAAAGAAAGGUUACUAAUUUUUUUAAACGAAUUAAUAAAAUGCAAAAGAAAUUACUUGCAUGAAGAAAAUUUUUUUUACAUACUUUCAGCAUUUUUAAAAACAAAAAAUUUUAAUCAUGAUAUUUUUUGCUCCUACUAUGAAUUUAUGAAAGAAAAAUUACAAAAUAUUGAUAUGAAAUAUCUCUUUUAUAUAAUGAAACGUAUUAUUGAAGAAUCAAGUAGUUUGAUAACAAACAAUGAAAAUAAAAUUAAUAACAAUUACAGUUGUAAUAGCAAUUAUUUAAUAUUUACAAAUAUUAUAAAUUUGUCAACUAAAAUUAUAUUGAAUGAUAAAAAUUUUAUGAAUAAUUUUACUUUUAUCAAGGAAAUUUUACAUAUAUAUUUUCAAAAUUACAAAAAGUGUUGUUUAUUCUACAAAAAAUUUAACUAUUUCAUAUUAUUAUAUUUUAAUAACUUUAUUAAAUGUGAUGAUUUAGAUGAAAACCAUUUAGUUAUAAUAAUAAAUAAUAUAGCUAGUUUUUAUUAUACUAUUAUUAAGUAUUCAGAUCAAACAAAAAAAAUAUCACUGAAUUUUACUGGGCCAAAAAAUAACAAAAAAUUGAUAUAUGAAAAUAUAAAUUUAGAAAAAAUGGAUUGUCAAAAAAAAAAUAAAGAAAAAAAAGAAAACAUUAACUGUAGCAAGUACAGAAAAAAUAAUAAUUUACUUUUACAUAUUAAUAAUAAUUUCGAAAACAAGUGUAAAAAUAUAAAUGAAAAGAAUAUAGAAAAAAUUGAAUUAUUUAAAAAUGAUUUUUAUAACUAUGAUAAAGAAAAUUACAACGAACAAUGUUUAAAAAAUGAAUUAAUAAAACAACUCAACAUAUUUUUAUAUACAUUAUAUAAUAAUAAAUUGAAAAAUAAAAUUAAUAAUGAAGUAAAAUUAACAAAUAUGAAUAUUAUUGAUAUAUUUGUUUCCUUAAAAAACAGCAAAUUAAGAGAAGUCAAUACUAUGUAUAUAUUAUGCAAAAAAUAUAUUAUGAAUAUAUUUGCAGAAAAUAAUGUUAAAAUAGAAUACCAAAUAAAAUUCUUUAAUAGUAUUAUAUUUUUAGAUUACUUAAAAGAAGCAGAUCUUUUAUUUAGAUACCUUAUUUUAAAAAAUAAAGAAAAAUGGAAGCACAUAUUUUACAUUCACUUUUUAAAACUUCCUGCAAAUGUUUUUUAUAUUCCAAAUAUAUCAACAUAUAUCUUAAAUUUUUUUUCCUUUCUAGAGUAUCUUGACAAAGAAAGUAAAAAAAAAAUUAAAAAAAAAAUAAAAUUUUUAAUUCAAAUGAUAUUAAAAAUAUUUCCAAAUUAUAAUAUGAAUAACCUUGAUAAAAGAAAUAUUUUUCUUUUAUUUGUAUUGUUAACUUUUCCUGAUUCUCCCUUAAAUAUAUCAUCACUUUCUCUUGAAUGCUUAAAAUUAUUUUACAUUAAUUUUAUUAAAAAUGAUUUGUUAUCUGAGACAAAUAUAGUGCAUUCUUCCUCAACUCAUCAAAAUAUAUCUGAAUUCAUAACAUCAUUUAUAAGAAAAAACACAGAAGAAUAUGAUAUUUUCAAUGAAAAAUAUGUUCUCUCUUUUAAUGUAGAUAUAGUUUUAAACAAGAAAUAG